UGCUGAAACCAGGUUUGCAGGACAGAGAGAGACCAGACGGAGCUGCUGUACCUGAAUGAUUGAGGCAUGCUGUGGUUUGUCGGGCUGACCUGUGUGCUCUGUUUGGGGGGGGACGCCGUGGCUGGACAGAGAGAUGGUGAAAUUAUAAGCCAGAUCAAAUUGACGAACCUUGCCUUGGCUGAGAUUAAAGAGCUGCUGAAGCAACAGCUUAAAGAGAUGGUUUUCAUGAAGAACACAGUGAUGGAGUGUGAAGCCUGCGGGAUGGGAGGCAUUCAGCCUCGUUCCCCCUGUGAGCCAAACCCCUGCCACCCUGAGGUCAAGUGUACGGAGACUCCUCAAGGGCCCAAGUGUGGCCCCUGCCCAGACGGCAUGGAGGGGGAUGGAGACUACUGCACUGAUGUGGAUGAGUGCUCAGUGAAGCCCUGUCACAUGGGAGUUCGCUGCAUCAACACCUCCCCAGGUUUCCGCUGUGGCUCCUGUCCUGCUGGUUACGCCGGGCCCCAGGUCCAGGGCGUCGGCCUCGCCUACGCCACUGCCAACAAACAGGUGUGCAAAGAUAUUGAUGAGUGCGAAAGUCCAGGCAACGGAGGAUGUGUGGAGAACUCUGUGUGUAUGAACACUCCAGGCUCGUUCAGGUGUGGUCCCUGUAAGCCGGGCUUUAUUGGGGACCAGCGACGCGGCUGUAGGCCGGAGAGAACCUGUGGGAACGGCGGCCAAGCCAACCCCUGCCACGCCAGUGCUGAGUGCAUCGUCCACCGAGAGGGGACCAUCGAGUGUCAGUGUGGGGUCGGAUUGGCCGGUAAUGGCUACUUCUGUGGUUCUGACACUGACAUCGAUGGUAUCCCCGAUGAGAGGCUCGACUGUCCUGAUACGACCUGCAACAAGGACAACUGUCUCACUGUGCCCAACUCUGGCCAAGAGGAUGCUGACAAUGAUGGAAUAGGAGACGCCUGUGAUGAAGACGCAGAUGGGGAUGGGAUCCUCAACACACAGGACAACUGUGUGCUGGUGCCCAACGUGGACCAGAGGAACAUUGAUGAGGAUGACUUUGGUGAUGCCUGCGACAACUGCCUCGCAAUCAAAAAUAACGACCAGAAAGACACGGAUGUGGACAAAUAUGGUGACGAGUGUGAUGAAGACAUUGAUGGGGAUGGGAUCCCUAAUAACCUGGAUAACUGCAAAAGGGUUCCCAACAUUGACCAGAAAGAUCGGGAUGGAGACAAAGUGGGCGAUGCCUGUGACAGCUGUCCUUAUGACCCCAACCCUGACCAGAUGGACACAGACAACGAUCUGAUCGGAGAUCCCUGUGAUACAAACAAGGACAGCGAUGGUGACGGGCACCAAGACUCUCGGGACAACUGCCCAGCCGUGAUCAACAGCUCUCAGCUGGACACCGACAAAGACGGACUGGGAGACGAGUGUGACGACGAUGACGAUGACGACGGCAUCCCAGACCUGCUGCCACCUGGUCCUGACAACUGCCGCCUGAUCCCCAACCCUCUGCAGGAGGACUUUGAUGGGAACGGUGUGGGCGACAUCUGCGAGAAAGACUUUGACAACGACACCAUAAUCGACCACAUUGACGUUUGUCCAGAGAAUGCAGAGGUCACGCUCACUGACUUUAGGGAGUACCAGACCGUCGUUUUAGACCCUGAAGGAGAUGCACAAAUUGACCCCAACUGGGUGGUGCUGAACCAGGGAAAAGAGAUCGUCCAGACUAUGAACAGUGACCCCGGGUUGGCUGUUGGUUACACUGCAUUCAGCGGUGUGGAUUUUGAAGGCACGUUUCACGUGAACACGGUCACGGACGACGACUAUGCUGGGUUCAUCUUCGGCUACCAGGACAGCUCCAGCUUCUACGUGGUCAUGUGGAAGCAGUUGGAACAGAAUUACUGGCAGGCGAAUCCGUUCAGAGCUGUGGCAGAACCGGGCAUCCAGCUGAAGGCAGUAAAGUCGAACACAGGUCCAGGUGAGAAUCUGAGGAAUUCCUUGUGGCACACCGGCGACACCAGUGACCAGGUGAAACUCCUCUGGAAAGACGCCCGCAAUGUUGGAUGGAAAGACAAGACUUCAUACCGGUGGUUCCUCCAGCAUCGGCCGGCCGACGGCUACAUCAGAGUUCGUUUCUAUGAGGGUCCUAAAAUGGUGGCAGACACAGGCGUGAUUAUAGACGCCACAAUGAGAGGAGGCCGGCUAGGAGUCUUCUGUUUCUCCCAGGAGAACAUCAUCUGGGCCAACCUGCGUUAUCGUUGCAACGACACUCUUCCUGAGGACUUUGACACUUACAGAGCCCAGCAGGUCCAGCUGGGAGUCUGACGACAACCAAACAAAACACUUUGCAAUGCACAACUGGGCUCCACGAAGAAUAUUCACAGUAUUCAAAUGUUGAACGUCCACCACGGGAGAAACGUCUUCAGUUGUGAGAUGAGAAAUGGUCGAGGGGGAAACAUCGCAGCGGUAAACUUUCCUCCAGGGGGAAGCCGGCACAUGAUAUGAAAUGUUUGUUUAGUUAAAAUCAAUCAGAAACUUUUGUCUUCAAUAAUGUUGCUGUAAAUUUUAUCCUCUGCAUAGAAUGAACUAUCAGUGAUGAAUAAAUGUGGAUUUUCAUAUCUGAUGGCGGUGAAGUUACUGCAAAUGGAAAUUUGAUUGUACUCACAAAAUAUGGCAUAUUAGCAAA